ACAUAGCGAUCCGGUGACAAGGUGGGCGCAGUCAGUGAAGCUGUUUCUUCGGUCCCCAAGGCUCUUCGUAUAGUCCAGCCACUCCUUCAUCCUUCAUCUUUCAGCUUGCCCUCAAGAUACCGCAAAGGGGACAGCUCCCCGCCGCCCAUACUCGUUUGCCCCUGCAAGUCGAUCAUCGGAUAAUGGGUCACCUGUCCGCAACCAAGGAGCGCUCGGCUACGGCCGCUCCCGCGGCCAACCUGUCCUCUUCUUAUCCGAGGACACUGCUGCGAACCUGCGCAUACUGGGCCACCAGGAACCCCAUCGAAGUCAUCGUGACCAUCUUCAUCAUCGUUACAUUGGCCUACUUCCAACUUCUCCAUGCUGUGGCUCACUCCGAUUUCUUCGAGCCGCUCAAGCAGGACGCCGCGAGGCUAGCAGCUGCGUCUACCUUACCGGACUCCUCUCUCCUGCAGCAGGGUGGCGGCAGCAACGGUAUUUCGGACAAGGACAGCUCUGCGGCUGCCACCUUCAUCAGGCUGGCCGGUCGGGGAGAACAGUGGCUCACCUUUGAUCCCUCGAGCGCCGAACACUCCUCAGCAGCCUUUCAAGCCCUGAGCUUCGUCGUCGAGCCGAUUGUACUCGCAGAUUCGGAAUUGACUUCCAAGCCUCGGAGCGUUAGGGCCUUGAAGGAUACCUUCCUGCCUGUCGUGGCGGACAAACUCUAUGAUGACCUGUCCCGCAACUCCAGCGAUCUGGGAGAGCCAGUGCAGGUCUACGACGUAGAUGCAGACCUCACUGCCUUUGCCUUUGGCAGAUUGUAUCCCGAGGGUCAGCACGUCUCUUCGCGCAAGUCGCUUCUCGAGGACGCGGGAGAUCCUGAUCUCCUUGCCUCUGUACUGGCAGACGCCUCAAAAGCCGCUUCUUCACGGCUUCGGCGUAGCCCUGCUGGAGCAGUAGAGGCUAAAGCGCUUGACCUGCAGGCGCAGCAAUUGAGCCUCGUGUCUGUCAUCUCGGACUCGGAUCUGGAGAGGCAUACGCCUGGCGGCAGGAGGAACACCGGCGCCACGGAAGAGUUGAGGAGUAUCAGGUGGUUGGCCUACACUUCGCGAGCGCUGAUCGUCAGGUUCUGGGCUCUGCUACAGAAGGCGGAUUCGGCGGACAUCUUCGUCAUGCUCAUGGCAUACGUUAUGAUGCACGGGACAUUCGUCAAUCUCUUCCUUUCCAUGAGGAAAUUUGGCAGCAACUUCUGGCUGGGCACUUGCGUUCUGGCAUCGUCAAUCUUCGCUUUCCUCUGCGCUCUGACUGCUGCUUCCAUUUUGGGAGUCGUAGUAGAUCCUGUCUGUCUAUCAGAGGCGCUUCCAUUCCUGGUCAUUACCGUUGGCUUCGAAAAGCCCUUCAUCCUAAGUCGCGCAGUCUUCACCCACCCUGGCAUUGCACCGGAACCGCACAACAGCGAAGCUGCCCCCAAGACGACUGAGGGCGCUCUUUUGACCGGUCUGGAUGGCAGCGAAGGGCUGAAUGGUCUCGCAAACGCUAGCCAGCUCCCCUCUGACCUCACGACAGUCGACCCCUCCAUGUCGCCUGAGGAGUCCUUUGUUCGUGCCUUGACAGCUCGACUCAAGUCUGAGCCAUCCCUGCAAUGGUCUGUGCCCCCACCGAUGCCGGCCCACGAGGUCGUUUCGUCUGCUGUCGAUUCUGUAGGCAUGCAGCUCGCUAGGGACUACGCUAUCGAGAUUGCUGUGCUCCUCGUAGGCGCUACGAGCGGUCUCAGCGGAUUGCGAGAAUUCUGUCAGCUGGCUGCACUCAUCCUCAUCUUCGAUUGCGCCUUCCUCAUGGUCUUUUACGUUGCAAUCUUGACUGUCAUGGUCGAGGUGCACAGGAUCAAGGUCAUGCGGGGAGUCAGGAAGCCCCGGCCAAGCACUCCGCCCAAUGUUGACUCUGAUGACCCCAUCUCGGACAUUCCUACCCCCACUUCGGGUGGCAGCGAUGAUGUAUCUCAGACUAUUGCAGGUCUUCGACAGAGCAGCCCAGAGCGACGAAAGCGCUCGCGACCUCUCUGGCGACGAGUGGUCAAGCUGCUUCUCGGCAAGGUUCCCUUUGAGUCGAGUCGAGGCAAGAAGGAGAACCCGGUUGCAAGGCUCAAGCUACUGCUCAUCACGGCCUUCCUCACUCUGCAUUCUCUCAACCUCGUCUCCACUUUGACGGCCCAAUCCGCAAUCUCGAGGCAUCAGUCAAUCGCAGAGCCGAACUUGUUCGAGGCCGUCGUAGAAUCCUCGGUUCUCUUCUCGCCAAAUGUCGCAUCGCCUACCCUCUCGCCGCUGCUGGCUGAUUUGGUCUCUUCUCAGCCUUCGGACCUCGAUCUCGUCGUGAGAGUUGCGGACUCAGUCGUCUUUGUUCUCAUCGACAAGGCGGCUGAGGCAGAUGAAGUCCGCAGCUCAAUGGCCAAUGCUGCCCUCAAUGCCUCAGGCGGAGCUGGAUCGACUGUUCGCACGUCUGCCUCUUCCAAUGUAGCAAGCUCGCUGCGAGCAUCAGGUCGUACAUCGGGCUCACUCGCCGUACUUGAUAGCUUCAUCACUGGGUGGUCUACUAUCGUUGGCGACCCCGUCAUCUCGAAGUGGAUGUCUCUGGCUCUCCUGAUCAGCAUCUUCCUCAAUGCGCACCUUCUCAAAGGUAUCGCAUCCGGCAACGCUGCAGUCGCUGAGGGCAAUGCGGCAGGGGCUGCUGCCUUUGCUGCCGCUCGCAUGAUUGGAGCUCAUCUCGACCGGGCAGGCGAAGAAGACACUGGCCGUGAGACAGGCAAAUCACAACAGCGAGGAAAUGUUCAAGCGGCAAGUGCAACGGCAAAGAGCAACCAGGGUCUCAAUGAGUACCACAUGAUGCUGGCGCGGAGAGCCACUGCUCAUGGCGGAAAAUCCAAGCUUGACAAGCUUCCCGGAAGGAAUGGCGCUCAGCCGGACGUCGAUGGCUCGCCAGCGGGCUCCGACAAGAAGACUGCUAUCCCGGCUGUUUCCAUCAGUAGCGACGCAGGAGAUGCCAUCAGGGAUCUCAAGAAGCCGGAUGUCCCUGCUAGCGCAGACGGAGAAGGAGCCGUUGCCAGCCCAGGAGCGAGAAACUCAGGUCUGCGACUGCAGCCCACGAACUUCAUUGGCAAGAACGGCAAGGUGGACACACGCCCAUUCGAGGAAGUGCUGGACAUCUAUGCUGGUGGAGGCGGUGUGUUCAUGCUCAAUGACGAGGAGAUCAUCGUGCUGGCUCAAAAGGGCAAGAUUGCUCCCUAUGCAUUGGAGAAGACGCUACAGGACCACAAUCGAGCUGUGAGAGUGAGACGAGCACUCAUCUCGCGCUCCUCAUCUACUGCCUCGCUCGAGAACUCGUUGCUGCCGCAUCUGGACUACGACUAUAGUCAAGUGAUGGGAGCCUGUUGUGAGAACGUUGUGGGCUACAUGCCCCUUCCUGUGGGCAUUGCCGGUCCACUGACAAUCGAUGGGCAGCCACUGCCAAUCCCAAUGGCUACAACAGAGGGUACACUGGUAGCAUCGACUUCACGAGGCUGCAAGGCUCUCAAUGCGGGUGGUGGUGUCACCACGGUCCUGACUCAAGACGCCAUGACCCGUGGUCCAGCUAUUGAGUUCCCCGACAUUGUACAAGCGGCUCGGGCAAAGCGGUGGGUCGACUCGGCUGAGGGAGCGCAAGCCAUCAAGGCCGUCUUUGACUCUACGUCUCGCUUCGCCCGUCUGGCAAGCUUGCGAAGUGUCAUGGCCGGUCGGACUCUAUACGUGCGAUUCGCAACUAGCACUGGUGAUGCGAUGGGCAUGAACAUGAUUUCCAAGGGUGUGGAAAAGGCAUUGGACAUGCUCAUCAACGACCACUUCCCCGAAGCUGUCCUGCUCUCCUUGUCCGGCAACUACUGCAUCGACAAGAAGCCUGCAGCAAUCAAUUGGAUCGAGGGUCGAGGCAAGUCAGUGGUGGCAGAGGCGGUCGUGCCUGGACACGUCGUCAAGUCGGUGCUGAAGACGACGACUGAGUCUCUGGUGCGCCUGAACAUCCGCAAGAACCUCGUGGGAUCUGCCAUGGCUGGAUCUGUGGGAGGAUUCAAUGCUCACGCCGCCAACAUCCUCACUGCGAUCUUCCUGGCGACGGGACAAGAUCCUGCCCAGAACGUCGAGUCUUCGAUGUGCAUCACGCUCAUGGAAGCUCUUCCGUCCAAGGAUGGUGGGGAGGAGGAUGAUCUUCUGAUCACAUGUAGCAUGCCCAGCAUCGAAGUGGGGACGGUGGGAGGUGGGACUGGUCUGUCACCGCAACGGGCCAUGCUCGAGAUGCUGGGAGUGGCAGGAGCCAAUCAGGCUACCCCCGGUGCCAAUGCUCAGCGUCUGGCGAGGAUCAUCGUCGCAUCUGUUAUGGCCGGUGAGCUGUCUCUGAUGUCAGCCCUGGCAGCCGGUCACCUGAUUCGAGCCCACAUGGCCCACAACCGAUCUGCCCCACCUACCGCCCCGGCUACACCGGGAGCAGUGACGCCGCUGCGGAGAGAAGGCUCGAGCCAGAAUCUGCCCAGUCUGUCUACCAUGACACCACUGGUGGCAACCCCUGUGCGUAGAUCGCCGACUUCGUCGACGGAUGGCCCGUCUACCCAGCUCAGACGGUCUGCGAGAAGCGGUCUGGGAGAGCGGAGUACAUGAGCAGAGAAGGUCAGACAGCGGAAGUUAGUUGGAGAAGAGUCACGGAAGAUCAUGUUGAAAGCAAAGGG